AGUUUUAGAGUUGGAGAGUCUAAGUAUGUGUAAAACUUUGUGUCCCUUUGAUUUUAUGUCACUGAUCAUCCCGCCAAAAAGGUCCACUGUGAAAUUCCUAGGUCAAAGAACAAACGGCGUCGUAUUGUCACCCACCGCCAUCUCGUAACCGAUGACAGUCUCCGCUGCAUUCAAGUCUUCCAAACUCAUCUCCUGGAAAUCGACCGGUCGGCUUCAGCAGACCUUAGCGGGAUGCAUAGAGCGCGCGGGAAAGAGCUUGCACAGCGGCAAGGUCUCCACGGUGAAGUUGUGGCCGGAGCUCGCCGGAAAAGGGAGGUACUUUGACUUUCGGUCAACUCUGAUUCGAGCUUCGAUCGAGUUCGCUGAGGAUUCGCCUCUCUGCACCACUCUCUGUAAAGAUGGGCUGAAAAUUCCAACUGUUGAGCACUUGCUUUCGGCUCUGGAAGCUAUGGAGGUCGAUAAUUGCAGGAUUGAGAUUGAGAAUUCGGAUUCCCAAGAUGAUUGCAGUGUUGAGGUUCCUAUCUUUGAUGGAUCAGCAAGAGAGUGGGUGGAAGCGAUAGAACAAGUUGGGUUGCAAGUCGCAACAGAUCAUCAUGGUGACUGUUGUGAAAAGAUGAUAGCAUAUGUGAAUGAACCGGUGCAUGUGUGGAGGAAUGAUUCUUUUGUUGCUGCAUUCCCAUCAGAAGAAAUCCGUAUCACUUAUGGGAUUGACUUUCGACAGGUGCCAGCCAUUGGCAGCCAGUGGUUUUCUGUGACUUUAUUGGAUAAAUCUUUAUAUUCCAAGCAGAUAGCUUUGUCAAGAACCUUUUGCAUUUAUGAGGAGGUAGAGCGAAUGCGCAAUGCAGGACUCAUAAAAGGAGGUUCGUUAGAAAAUGCAAUUGUUUGUAGUGCUAGUAAAGGUUGGUUGAAUCCACCACUUCGUUUUCAAGAUGAACCUUGUCGUCAUAAGGUCUUAGAUCUUAUCGGUGAUGUUUCGCUUUUUGCAAGAAGUGGUAGCCAAGGGCUUCCCGUGGCACACUUAGUGGCUUACAAGGGUGGCCACACACUGCAUUCUGAUUUAGUUCGCCGUCUAUCAGGAAUGAUCUAAAAAGGAUCUCGUAUUACCUUUGCUACUCUUGAAGUCAUUGUAGAAAAGUAGUACAUCUUCCCCAUUCACAGCUUGUACAGGAGAAAUUGGCUUAGUAAAAAUGAAGUAAUGGUGGUAUGGCUUAAAGUUAUUCUCUUGAAUUUGAUCGGCUUCAACUUGCAGUGAUGAUAUACUAAAGAUUUAUAAGUUCUUGUCGCUUCAGCGAGAGAACUAGGGGAGAAUGGGAGACAAUGCACCAAUGAUCCCCAUAUGACGUGUAUUAGCUAUGCUAGUUGUGCAUAUUAUUUACUUUUUCUUGUCAAGAAGGCUGAGCAUUUGAAUGA